ACCACUUUGCACAAAGUAUUUAUAAACACUGCAUUCCUUUGUUUCCUCAAAAUCUAUUUAUAAAUCCCUGUUCUAUAAAUAGAGUGCUCAGACUUGUAAUUCUAUUACCAUGGUGUCUUCGGGACUGUGGUACGGUCUGUCCACAGUUGUCAUUCUGGUUCUUAUAAGAAAAAUUAGAGAGUACACAUGGGGUAGAUGUAGAAGUAAAGGUUCUUUGCGUGGUAAAACGUUUUUGAUAACCGGUGCUAAUUGUGGUAUUGGAUAUGAAACUGCCAAAGCUCUUGCGAUCAGAGAAGCUAAUGUUAUUCUUGCCUGUCGGGAUGUGUUUAGAGCCAGGAUGGCUAUUGAGCAAAUCAGACAGUAUUUGCCUUUGGGAAGACUAACUGCUCUGGAGUUAGAUUUAUCGGAUUUUAACUCCAUUAAAGCAUUUGCCCAAUUGAUCAGACAAGAUCAUAACGACAUACAUUGUUUGAUCAAUAACGCAGGUCUUGCAACAAAUGAGUUACUGAAAACUAAACAGAACUUUGAAAUUCAUUUCGGUGUCAAUUACCUUGGACAUUUUUUGUUGACAAACUUAUUACUCGAUGUUUUAUCUCAAAACAAUGCUAAAAUUAUCAAUGUAACUUCUCAAUUGCACGAAAAGGGUGUUAUUGAUUUAGCUAAUAUUGAAAAGGCUGUUAUAAUCGAUGAGGAAACAUCAUUGCUUGGAAGUAAAGUUAAAAACAAUGGACAUGUGAAUCCUUUAUAUUGUAAUUCCAAGUUGGCUAAUUUGUAUUUUGCAAUGGAGUUGGAGAAGAUGGGUUAUGAAUCUUACGCGAUAUGUCCUGGGUUCACAUAUACAAAUCUGUUUAGAAAUCAUUCUUUUAAAUGGUACCAGUACGUGCUUUUUAUGCCAGUUGCAUUUUUCUUUUUACGAAGUGCUGAACAGGGAGCACAAUCCGUUAUAAAAUGUGCAUCAGAAAAUCUCAAAACCCAAAAAGACAUUUUUGAUUCUAGAGCACCCACUAUCAGAAAUGGAUAUUAUUUUAAGAAUUGUAAAUUUUAUAAAUCUAAAGUUUAUUUGGACGAAGAGCUCUCUAAAGAGCUGUGGAUUAAAAGUAGGAAGUUAUGUGAUCUCUGAAUUAUAGUAGAAGUAAAAUUAUAGUAAUAGAUUAAAAAUAAAUUUGAAAAUU